AGCGGGGCGGCGGGGCAGGGCGGGGCGCUCAGCACGGCACAGGACAGCACAGCACAGGACAGCAUCCUCCUCGGGGCGCCCAGCAUCCUCCUCCUCAGCAUGGCCGGCAUCACCACCAUCGAGGCGGUGAAGCGCAAGAUCCAGGUCCUGCAGCAGCAGGCGGACGAGGCGGAGGAGCGGGCUGAGCGCCUCCAGAGGGAGGUGGAGGGGGAGAAGCGGGCCCGGGAGCAGGCCGAGGCGGAGGUGGCCUCCUUGAACCGCCGCAUCCAGCUGGUGGAGGAAGAACUGGAUCGCGCCCAGGAACGGCUGGCCACGGCCCUGCAGAAGCUGGAGGAGGCGGAGAAGGCCGCGGACGAGAGCGAGAGAGGCAUGAAGGUCAUCGAGAACCGGGCCCUGAAGGACGAGGAGAAGAUGGAGCUGCAGGAGAUCCAGCUGAAGGAGGCCAAACACAUCGCCGAGGAGGCCGACAGGAAGUACGAGGAGGUGGCGCGCAAGCUGGUGAUCAUCGAAGGGGAUCUGGAGCGCACGGAAGAGCGGGCAGAACUGGCCGAAUCUAAGUGCUCUGAGCUGGAGGAGGAGCUGAAGAACGUCACCAACAAUCUGAAAUCCCUCGAGGCUCAGGCUGAGAAGUACUCCCAGAAAGAGGACAAGUAUGAAGAGGAGAUCAAGAUCCUGACAGACAAGCUUAAAGAGGCGGAAACUCGGGCCGAAUUCGCCGAGCGGUCAGUCGCCAAGCUGGAGAAGACAAUCGAUGACUUGGAAGAUAAACUGAAACGCACCAAAGAAGACCACCUGUGCACACAGCGGAUGCUGGACCAGACCCUGCUGGAUCUGAACGAGAUGUAGAGGAGUGCAGACCUCACCCCCCCCACCACUUCCCAAAUCCAUCCCGUCCCCUCCCUCCCCUUCCCGGGACCGCCCGCUCCGUUUCCCUGCACCCGUGCCAAUCUCUGCCUACCUGCCUCGCUGGGGUCAGUGGAGUGGGGGUGAGGGAGUGGGAAGAGACCAAUCCAUGGGACCAAUUUUCCAAGGGAAGCCAGCCACCCCCCUCAGGCCUCCUAUUUUCAUAGACUUUCCGUGUGCGCGCCCGGGCCUCCCGGGAAUUAAACGUCCGUUCCGAGGGUCCACACGCUGCCUCCUGCACGCUUCUCCCUGCACGCUCACCCCCUCCCCACCCCAGCAGUCUCCCCUCAUCAGGGUCGGGUCCCGCUUGGGACCGACAGUCCUUCCCUUCCCCGUCUGCCUUGUUUUCUAUUUUGUGUUGGAUUUCUUGUGGAGAGGGAGAUUUUCCACACCUCCCCGCCCCCUGAAGUGCCAUGGCCUUUGGGCUCCGCGCCCCCCCGCCCCUUCCCCCUCAUAAUGCCAGGAGGGAAAAAAGCUUGAAUCACUCGAGUCACUUAUGGACCGAAAAAAUACCAACCUCUUUUUAAAUUUUAUAUACAGGUUUUUUUUUUUGUUGUUGUUGUUGCUUUGCAUCAUAGGGGUUGUGGGCCAGCCCAGGGGGUCCUCUUGUUAUCCAAGGGGAGCUGGAUCCUGCCACGUGUUGUGACGGGGUGGAGCCCCCCGCCCUUUCCCCCGCUGGCACCCCACCCACCCCCCCAAAACCCCCGCCGCAGCACCGCUCCACAAGGCCUGGGUGCGGCCAGGAAACAGGAACAGCACGGUUUUGAUACUGAAAAUUGACACACACCCAAAAAAAUGAAUUUUUGAAAUAAAAGUCAGUCCCUCCACCCA